AAUUGUUUCGUGUUUACCUUCCGCCAUUUUGAACAGGUAGAGUUGAUUUCUUAACAUAUCGAUGAUCAAAGUGAUUAAUAUAACAUGUAUAAACAGCUUUACAUGUAUUUUUGUGUGUGUAGUUGAUGUAAAAGUUGUAGUAUUUUGAGAAAGUGAAUCCAGUCAGAUUGUGAUGACAGCGAGUGUUCAGUAUCAGUUGUGGAGAUCAGAUUGAUCAGAUUCACCUCUGCAGCUCCAUCAUGGAUCAAACACAAACAUCAACACAUGAAGAUUUUUCUCCAGGAUGCAGUUCAGAUCAUCAGAAGAGAUCAGAUUCAGAGUUCAGCUGUGUGUCUAUGAAGAGUGAUGCGUCUAUGAAUCAUCCAUUACACUUUAAUAAUGAAGAGACAAGACCCGCACACAGACGAAUCAGAACAGAAUCUGACUGUCAGAGGAGGAAGAUUGAACAAUCUGAGAAUCAACUACAAGACUUCAAUGAAAACAUGAAUCCUCGUCUUACAAACUCUCUAACUUCACAAAGGACGAGGACACAAGAUUACAAAAACAGGAAUAUUUAUAAUGCAGACGCUGGGGAAGGAUUACACUCAAGAACAAACAACAAAGACCAACAACAAUUAAGACACACAAGUGCAAAAUAUACUAACAAACACAGUCAUGACUCUAAUCUUGCUGAAGUCCUGAACACAUUCAGAUCAAAUCUGAGGAAGAAGUUUGAGUGUUUGUAUGAGGUAACAUCAAAUAAGAGAAACCCAACACUACUGAAUGAGAUCUACACAGAGCUCUACAUCACAGAGAGUGAAAGUGGAGAGAUCAGUAAUGAACAUGAGGUGAGACAGAUUGAGACACAAUCCAGAAGAACAACAACAGAGGAGACACCAAUCAAAUGUAAUGACAUCUUUAAACCUUUACCUGAACAAGACAAACACAUCAGAAGUGUGCUGACAAAGGGAGUCGCUGGCAUUGGAAAAACAGUCUCUGUACAGAAGUUCAUUCUGGACUGGGCUGAAGAGAAAGAGAAUCAGGACGUCCACCUCAUAUUUCCACUUCCUUUCAGAGAGAUCAAUUUGAUGAAGGACAAAACACUCAGUCUUUUAGAUCUUCUUCAUCUUUUCAUCUCAGAGACAAAAGAUAUGGAAAUCUUCAGUGAUGAAUAUAAAGUGUUGUUUAUCUUUGAUGGUUUGGAUGAGUGUCGUCUGUCUCUGGAUUUUCACAGCAGUGUGAGGUUGUGUGAUGUAAGUGAAUCAACCUCAGUGGACGUGAUGCUGACAAACCUCAUCAAGGGGAAUCUGUUUCCUUCUGCUCUCAUCUGGAUCACCUCCAGACCAGCAGCAGCUGAUCUCAUCCCCUCUGAGUGUGUUGAUCGAGUCACAGAGGUACGAGGCUUCACUGAUCCACAGAAGGAGGAAUACUUCAGGAAGAGAAUCAGUGAUGAUAGUCUGUCCAGGAGAAUCAUCUCACACCUGAAGUCAUCCAGGAGUCUCUACAUCAUGUGUCACAUCCCAGUCUUCUGCUGGAUUUCAGUCACUGUUCUAGAGAGAAUGUUGAGUGAAGCAAAGAGAAGAGAGAUCCCCAAGACUCUCACUCAAAUGUACACACACUUCCUGAUCAUUCAGACAAACAUCAAACAUCAGAAGGACUAUGAGAAGAAAGAUGAAGACAUGAUCUUCAAACUGGGGAAACUGGCUUUUGAGCAGCUUGUGAAAGGCAAUCUGAUCUUCUAUGAUGAAGACCUGAGAGAGUGUGACAUUGAUGUAGCAGAAGCAUCAGUGUACUCAGGAUUGUGUACUCAGAUCUUCAGAGAGGAGUUUGGUUUGUAUCAGGGGAAAGUUUACUGCUUUGUUCAUCUCAGCAUCCAGGAACAUCUAGCAGCUCUUUAUGCUCACAUCUCCUUUACAAACAACAACACAAAUGUGUUUGAUCAAAGCCCUAAUGCAAGUCUGUUUUCUAACAUUUUGAGAAUAUUAAAAAAUAAAACAUCAGAACAGACUUCAUUAUCUGAGUUGCAUCAUCGAGCUGUAGAUGAAGCUUUAGAGAGUAAGAAUGGACAUUUGGAUCUUUUCCUGCGUUUUCUUCUGGGUCUUUCACUGGAGUCCAAUCAGAUUCUCUUAAAGGAUCUACUGACACAGAUGAGAAGUCGCACCUACAUGAAAUGGGAAAUUGUUAAUUACAUUAAACAGAAGAUGAAUGAGAAUCUGUCUCCAGAGAAAUCCAUCAAUCUGAUUCACUGUCUGAAUGAACUGGGUGAUGAUUCACUGCUGCAGGAGAUUCAACGUUAUGUGAGAUCUUCAUCAGUAGGAAAUACCAAACUCUCCUCUUCACAGUGGGCAGCUUUAGUUUUUGUGUUGUUGACGUCUAAGCAGCAUUCGGAUGAACUUAAUCUAAAAACAUUUAUUGGAGAUAAAAAUACAGCAGAUGAAGUUCUUGUGAGACUGCAGCUUGUGAUUAAAGAAACCAAAAAACUUCAGUUGAGGUGUUGUCGUAUCACAGAUGAAGGUUGUGUUGCUCUGACUUCAGCUCUGAGAUCAAACCCAUCACACCUGAGAGAACUGGAUCUGUCUGCUAAUAAACUCUCAGUUUCAGGAGUGAAGCUGAUCUCUGAUGUACUGAAGAAUCCUGACUGUAAACUGGAGAAACUGAAGUUGUUUAAUUGUAAUAUCACAGAUGAAGGUUGUGUUGCUCUGACUUCAGCUCUGAGAUCAAACCCAUCACAUCUGAGAGAACUGAAUCUGUCUCAGAAUAAACUAAGAGAUUCAGGAGUGAAGCUGAUCUCUGAUCUACUGAAGAAUCCUGACUGUAAACUGGAGAUACUGAAGUUGUGGGCUUGUAAUAUCACAGAUGAAGGUUGUGUUGCUCUGACUUCAGCUCUGAUAUUAAACCCAUCACACCUGACAUAUCUGGAUCUGUUAUUUAAUAAUCUCACACAUUCAGGAGUAAAGCUGAUCUCUGAUCUAAAAGAUGAUCCACAUUAUAAACUACAGACAGUACUGUUGAUGAAUUGUGAUAUCACAGAUGAAGGUUGUGUUGCUCUGACUUCAGCUCUGAGAUCAAACCCAUCACACCUGAGAUAUCUGGAUCUGUCUUAUAAUAAACUCACAGAUUCAGGAGUGAAGCUGAUCUCUGAUCUAAAAGAUGAUCCACAUUAUAAACUACAGACAGUAUGGACUCAUUAUCAGAGACGGUAAAGAUGUAAAGAUUUCUGAUCUUCUGAUGGUGAAUAAGACGACACAAUAGUGACAUCACUUCCUCUUAACCGUAUGAGUUGAUUAUUCAGUACAGGAUCUGAUCUGUGACUUUAUCCAAAUCUGACUUUGAAGUGUUGGAGGUAAAUCUUCAUCCUAACUCAGCUUCUGUCUACACAUUUCCUAUAAGAGCGAUUUAUCAGUCAGUGUAAGAGGAGCAAGAAAUCUCAUAGGAUCAUAAACUGAAGUAAAUACUGACAAGAUUCCUCUUCUUCUACACUGUUGGGGUUUUUAACUUCAUCUUAAACUGAAAUGUGUUCAAGUUCAGCACAACAUUGAAGACUCGCAGCUCAUUUAUCUCUAAAUCCAAAUAUUGGACGUCUUUGCUUUUGUGUUCUUCAGGAUCUGACUGCAGGACUUUUUAAUGAUUAUGUGAUCAAUUACAAAAAAGUUGAGACACUGAAUGAAAUGUAAAUAAAAUCAUAAAGUUUUAUAAAAUGAUAAAGUUGACAUUU